AUUGGAGUUGGUGGUGUAGUUUCUCGCCUGGCCCAGUCACAGUUUGCGGUUCGUGGUAGUCGGCGACGCGGCAGAUCGGCUCUGUUAAGGGUGGAUUAGAUGUGAAUGUAAAACCAGCCAACAAUCUACUUCCGAUCUGUCUUGAACGUCGAGUGCGACAUGCCGAGUCGUGAAUGUAGCGAGUCAAAAUGUAUCGCAAUAUUGGCUAGAACGGAAUUCGUAGUUGCCUAUUGAGAUGAUGUCUGUCGCUUCCGAUGACGGAGAAUUCGAAGAUUCAAAGCUCUUCAAGGGACAUCUGUUCAAGACAUCGCGUUCUCGACUCCCGGUUUCGCAUGCUGGGUUACGCAAGAAGCGGCUCGUCGUUGUCGAUGAGCGUUUUGGGAAGGUUUUCAUCAUCAGGUACGAGGAUGGAGAGGUGCUGGAACAAAUUAACAUUGUUUCUGCGUCUUACACGAUGGACCAUGGAGAUUCUGGCUUCUUCUCGAUUCACAUUGGAAACGUUAAACAUGAAUUUGACGCAGUAUCGCACGAGCAACGCAUGAUCUGGUUGAAGCAUCUCCAACGUGCUCGAUCCGUGGGUUUAUUGCGACAAAAAGACAAACCCAUUCCGCUUGCUCCUUCCGGUCGGACAGAACCUAGAUCGUCGCUUGUCAUGAAAUCUGUCGAUAUUGAAUCUCUACCUUGGAUUGACGAUCCUCUGUCCCCGAAUGAAAUAGCUUCAAAGAAAUUGUCAGGACUUCCAGUUGGCAGAGAAUGUACGAUUUUGUCUUCCUUGACCGAUUUUGAGAAUGACACGUUUGUCGAUUAUUCUGCAGUUGAGCCGAAAUCGGAUUAUUUCCCGGACGAUGAAGGCCUAUCUACGGGUUCAGUGCCUCAAAACAAAUCCGGAUUUAAAAACCUCAGUAGGCGAGUGAGAAGUUUUAAGCUUGCCGUUGAUGGGCUUCCUGGGAAAUCUCUCGCAUCUUUUGCUGAUUGUCGUAACUGUUCUAAGAUAUCGAAUCGAAUGCGGUCAAUUGAAGAAGAUUUGAAGGCUCGUGAAGUAGAAAAUUGCGCACUGCGUCAAUCUUUGGAAAUCUUACGGGAUCAAUGUGAUGUGCUCACUGUGGAAAAAGAUAACUUAUCUCAUGUUCAAGCGUUAAUCAGCGGUGGAUCGGAGAUUGCAGAACUAUUGAAGAGUGGACAGAUCCUUGAAAUUCUACGUGCGAAAGACUCUGCCAUACUGGAGAGUGAGCAGCGUGCCAGAAAAGCAGAUGAGUUGCGAAGGGACGUUCGUUCUCUACAAGCCCGUGUUGAAACCUAUGAAGAACUCGUUCGAGCAAAGGAUGAAGCUAUUGCUUGUUUAGCGAACAGUGUACCGUUGGACCCGAAGCGUCAAAGGGUCCAUACAUUCACGCAGACUGAGGACAGUAACGCAGACAUUUCUGGUAUUGCUCGUUCUAUCGCAGCUGCUAAUGCCCGAGCGGAGUUCAUGAAUAACGAGGUCAUCGAAUGCGGGAAACUCCUGCAAGAAGCGUCUGUGCAAGCAGAAAAUUCGAGAAGCGUCGCUCGUGAAUGGGAAGCCAGAUUUUAUCAAGUGCAGAGUAAAUAUUUGAGUCUUCUGAACGACCUUCACGCGCCACCUGAUGCACCCCCGUGUGGUGGAACGAGUGAAGGAGACGUGCGACGGCCCGAAGUUCUCGCACGCCUAGUACGUGACGUUAUCGAUUCCCAAGAUGCCCGAGCUUUCGAGACGAACGCUGCUCAAUCCGCAGUUUACGACGAGCUAGGAUUCAUCCGGCAAACUAUUGACCUUACUCCGGACCAAUCCACGUCUUCUAGGCUCUUAUCCCUUCGAGACAGAGCGGAUGACAUGAAACAGGAACUGAUGGAAGCCCAAAAUCCAGAUUGGCGCGCUUCGUGGGAUGCCUUUCUAAUGACGCAGGAUUUAAGCACUUGCGCUGGGGAUAGUUCUCCCAAAAUCAAGCCUGAUUUCAAAAAUCUUCUUCGACGCGGAGUACCCAUGCGAGAUCGUAGGCGUGUAUGGUCCCUCUUGGUUCGGAGUCAAGUUGCAGAGGCAGCAGAGCAAACGGCCACGGACUCGAAUGUUCGUUACUAUCAACGCUUACUGACUUCGAUGUGGGCUCAAAAUAAAAUUGACCCUGUUGUGAAGCAAAUCGAGCUCGACCUUACAAGGACGCUACCGAACAACCGUCACUAUGACUCCGCGCGGGCAGAUGGAAUCCCGCGCUUGCGAAGAGUUCUCAUAGCAUUUAGCCUUCACCGGCCCGAUGUUGGCUAUUGCCAGGGUUUGAACCGAAUCGCUGCUGUUGCCUUGCUGUUUUUGAGUGAAGAAGAUGCGUUUUGGGCCAUGUGCCUCAUCAUCGAUCGACUCAUGCCUCCAGAAUACUAUACUCGAACUCUUCUCGGUGCUCAGGUGGAUCAGAGGGUUUUGAAGGACUUACUGGCGGACAAACUACCGCGUCUCUCGGCUCAUUUGGCGGAACAAAAUGUCGAUAUAAAUCUCUGCACUUUCAACUGGUUUCUUUGUAUUUACGUGGACAACAUCCCGACAAGGACAUAUUUGCGCAUAUGGGACACGUUUCUUUUCGAGGGCUCAAAGGUUCUUUUUCGGUACGCUGUGGCUGCGUUCGUGAUCUGUGAAAAGGAUAUUUUGGCGCUGAAGGACCACGUUUCGAUUUUCAACUACUUGCGCACGAUUGGGGAAUCUCUAACAGACGCACAACGACUCACUGAGGUUGCAUUCUAUGAAAUCAACCCGUUUUCGAUGAAGUUGAUACGCAACCUUCGUGAAAGACAUCUGAUUGCAGUCAAGGCGCAGUUGGACGAAUUGGAGGCUUUGAGAAGAGAUUUUAAACCUAUGGUUGAACGAAAUCCGAGCACAAAUUUUGGCGAAGACCGCAAAAGCGAUGAAGAAUGAUACGAGUGCCUCUGCAUCUUCUCCAGUGGAUGAAACGGAACGAUGCGGAUCAUAGCAUUGUGUUUUUGUUCUGUGGAUAUAUUUUUGUAAUCGAAGGUACCAAAUCCUGUUCCUAAACUUUCUUUUGAAUCGGGGGAUGAAUUUUUUUCUUAAUUGCUUGGGAAUCAUUUUUCAAGCGUUGGUUAGUCAUUAGGGGACAACGUUAAUUUGUGAUCAUCAGUGAGUGAUAGCUGAAUCUACCACAUCUCGUUACUUCGCUUGCGGAUUUUUUUGUGGCUUACA